AUGGUCUACCGGGUAGCCACGUUUUUGAACUAUUUUAAUUCAAAAGUGACAAAAAACGUGGAUUUUUUGCAGGAAGUAGCAAGCCUACUAACAAUAAGCAGCGAAGAGCAUGAAAUGGGCAAUACAUGUAUUGAACAAGAACUAGCAAGUACGUCAAGUCAGGAUGCAGAAACACAGUGUGAUUUGAAGAUUUUGUUGGAUGCAGAGGUCCAGUGUGAAAAAUAUUAAAACGGAGUAUUGCUAUACAAACUCUUGCCCAACGUUAAAAUAAAUCUAAAAAUAAAAAAAUCUUCUACUGUUCGCAAUAUAAAUAAAAGUUGUCUAGUUCCUACUCCUCCUUCAACACCGAUGGAAACAAAAGGACAAAAGUCAUCCACUAUCCGUGCUCUAUAUUGCAAUGAUCCUGUUGUUACCUCCCCUUCAACAUCAAUUGUCAGAAAAGAAACGGACACAAACAUGGCAGUAUCUGAAUUGUGAACAUUUGCAGUAGUAGUGAGGAAGACACAUCAGAUAGUGAUGUCACAUCAGAUAGUGACGACGAUUAUAUUCGCUCAGAAUUAGACACCAGUGAUGAGUCUGACGAGGUAGAACUAAAAAAUGAAAGAAAUUUUAUUGUGUUUGAAAGUAUGCUUGAUCAGCUAUUUAUCAACUGUAACACGUGUGGUUCUCUAUGUGAGAUUGAAAAGUCUAACACUAAUAGCAUGGUAGUAAUCAAAGCAACAUGUUGUAACAACCAUACCUUUCACUGGGAAUCACAACCAGAGAUAGUUAACAAGCCAGCUGGUAACAUUUUGAUUCCUUCUGCAACUGUCAUUACUGGGGGAUCCUAUGAAUCUAUGAAACAAUUUUCUAAUGCACUUAAUUUAAACUUUGUUAAUAAGGACCAGUUUUACGAUGUGCAGGAUAAGAUUGUUUUCCCAGUCAUCAACAAUGCCUAUGAAAAACAACGGAAGGAUGUAAUUGAAACAAUAAAAAAGGAGAAUACUGCAGUCAAUUUAUGCGUUGACGGUCGAUCUGAUAGUCCUAGUCGCAAUGCUAAAUAUGGUACAUACACAUUGAUGGACGAAGAUUCAGGGAAGAUUAUAGAUUUCUCCCUUGUGCAAGUCUAG